GCCACCCAACGCUUCUGAUUCGCUGAUAAUUCAACCGCAUCCCUUCGCAUCCCCAUCAGGUCAAGGUCUCGAUGGCGCGUCGCCAUUUGUCACCAAGGUCGAGUGGCGUCUCAUGGUUCUCUUGCGAUCUCCACUCACCAACAAGAUGCUCUGGUGCGUGGCCGCUCGCUCGCUGCAGCAACCUUCCAGGCUCAAGCCCAAGCUCCUGCACACGAGUGCGACUGCGACUCUUGAUGAUCAUGACAAGAUUCGAUACCUGGUGAUCGACGGCUAUGUCAAGACGGGCCGAGACGUCCUCGAGGCUGGUGGCGCCACCACCGCCGGUCAAUUGUACGCCAACAUGCUUGUCAAGGCUACGGAACGUAGCGUCGGACGCUCUGCAGCGUACGAUCUCAUCUACCCCGCCGAUCCGGGCUUCCUGACACCAGAUCUGUCCAAGUAUCAUGGCGUGGGCUGGUCCGGGUCUUCUCUGGCGGUACACGAGCGUGACGAUCCGUCGGUGGUGCAGAUGAUGAACCUCGCCCGUCAGAGCUUCGCUCACGGCGUGCCACAGUUCGGUAGCUGCUUUGGACUGCAGCUAGCUGUGGCCACUGCUGGUGGUGUCGUGCAAAAGAACAAAUGGGGCAAAGAGCUGGGUGUGGCACGCAAGAUCCGCCUUAAUGCUGCAGGGCGUGCACACCCGAUGUACGCGGGCAAGCCGUCAGUGUUUGACGCCUUUAGCAGCCAUAAAGACGAAGUCCGAGUCAUCCAGCCUGGAGGUCUGCAGCUCGCGUCAAACUCGUUCACUACGGUGCAGAGUGUUUGUCUCCGAUACCUCAAGGGCGAGUUCUGGGGACUGCAAUAUCAUCCAGAGUACGACCUGCACGAGAUGGCGCGGUUACUGCACUGCCGUCGUGAGAUGAACACUCAGUUGGGCUUCUUCACGGAUUUGGAGGAUGCCGACCGCUUCGUUGACUUGAUGGAGGAAUUGGCGGCGGAUCCGACGCGUGAAGACCUCGCAUGGCAGAUUGGAUAUGACAAGGAUGUGCUGGAUGAAGAUAUCCGCACAUGUGAAGUAAAGAACUUCGUCAAGCAUCUGGUAUUGCCGUAUUAUAUGCAAUGCCGGCAACAACCAGGAGACACGGAGGACAAGGGGGUCCAAGAUGCUGCGUGCCAGCAAGAAGUGGCUUAACUGGCUCGUAGUUUAAGGCUUUAUAAAAUAUAUGUUUCAACGUGCUUUAUCAUCCGGCAAUUUGAAAAGCAACAUCAA